AUGGGAAGCAUGUCCACGACGAAGGCCUGGAACAGCUCCUCAGUGACCAUGUUCACCCUCCUGGGAUUUGCAGACCAUCCAGAACUCCAGGCCCCCCUCUUUGUGACCUUCCUGGGCAUCUAUCUUGUAUCCCUGGCCUGGAACCUGGUUCUCAUCUUUCUGAUCAGAGGUGACACUCGCCUACACACACCGAUGUACUUCUUCCUCAGCAACCUGUCCCUCAUUGACAUAUGCUACUCUUCCACAGUGGCUCCCAAGAUGCUCAUUGACUUCUUUCAGGAACAGAAGACCAUAUCAUUCUUGGGCUGUGCUGCUCAGUUCUUUUUCUUUGUCGGCAUGGGUCUAACUGAGUGCUUCCUCCUGACUGCUAUGGCAUACGACCGAUAUGCAGCCGUUUCCAGCCCUCUGCUCUACAUUGCCAUCAUGUCCCAGCGCCUCUGCAUAUGCAUGGUGGUUGGGGCCUAUGUCGGUGGCUUCCUGAGCUCCCUGGUCCAGACCAACUCCAUAUUUCGGCUCCACUUCUGUGGACCCAAUAUCAUCAACCAUUUCUUCUGUGACCUCCCACCCAUCCUGGCACUUUCUUGCUCUGACACCUUCUUCAGUCAAGUGCUGAAUUUCCUCAUGGUGGUCACUGUUGGGGGCAUAUCAUUCCUCAUCCUCCUCAUCUCCUACAGUUACAUCAUGUCUGCUGUCUUGAAGAUCCGCUCAGUGGAAGGUCGAAGGAAAGCCUUCAACACAUGUGCCUCGCAUCUGAUGGUGGUGACUCUGUUGUUUGGGACUGCCCUUUUCAUGUACCUGAGACCCAGCUCCAGAUAUUCACUCAGCAGAGACAAGGUGGUGUCUGUAUUCUAUUCGCUGGUGACCCCCAUGCUAAACCCUCUCAUUUACAGCUUGAGAAACAAAGAGAUCAAAGAUGCCCUGUGGAAGAUGUUGAAGAAGGUGUUUUCCUAG